AACACGACACAAUCCAUUCGCUAUCCCUCCCUCGUACAAACAAACGCAAGAGCAGCAAUGGCCGUCCAGAAGUACACGGUGGCUCUAUUCCUCGCCGUGGCCCUCGUGGCGGGCCCGGCCGCCUCCUACGCCGCUGACGCCGGCUACACCCCCGCAGCCGCGGCCACCCCGGCUACUCCUGCUGCCACCCCGGCUGCGGCUGGAGGGAAGGCGACGACCGACGAGCAGAAGCUGCUGGAGGACGUCAACGCUGGCUUCAAGGCAGCCGUGGCCGCCGCUGCCAACGCCCCUCCGGCGGACAAGUUCAAGAUCUUCGAGGCCGCCUUCUCCGAGUCCUCCAAGGGCCUCCUCGCCACCUCCGCCGCCAAGGCACCCGGCCUCAUCCCCAAGCUCGACACCGCCUACGACGUCGCCUACAAGGCCGCCGAGGGCGCCACCCCCGAGGCCAAGUACGACGCCUUCGUCACUGCCCUCACCGAAGCGCUCCGCGUCAUCGCCGGCGCCCUCGAGGUCCACGCCGUCAAGCCCGCCACCGAGGAGGUCCCUGCUGCUAAGAUCCCCACCGGUGAGCUGCAGAUCGUUGACAAGAUCGAUGCUGCCUUCAAGAUCGCAGCCACCGCCGCCAACGCCGCCCCCACCAACGAUAAGUUCACCGUCUUCGAGAGUGCCUUCAACAAGGCCCUCAAGGAGUGCACGGGCGGCGCCUAUGAGACCUACAAGUUCAUCCCCUCCCUCGAGGCCGCGGUCAAGCAGGCCUACGCCGCCACCGUCGCCGCCGCGCCCGAGGUCAAGUACGCCGUCUUUGAGGCCGCGCUGACCAAGGCCAUCACCGCCAUGACCCAGGCACAGAAGGCCGGCAAACCCGCUGCCGCCGCUGCCACAGGCGCCGCAACCGUUGCCACCGGCGCCGCAACCGCCGCCGCCGGUGCUGCCACCGCCGCUGCUGGUGGCUACAAAGCCUGAUCAGCUUGCUAAUAUACUACUGAACGUAUGUAUGUGCAUGAUCCGGGCGGCGAGUGGUUUUGUUGAUAAUUAAUCUUCGUUUUCGUUUCAUGCAGCCGCGAUCGAGAGGGCUUGCAUGCUUGUAAUAAUUCAAUAUUUUUCAUUUCUUUUUGAAUCUGUAAAUCCCCAUGACAAGUAGUGGGAUCAAGUCGGCAUGUAUCACCGUUGAUGCGAGUUUAACGAUGGGGAGUUUAUCAAAGAAUUUAUUAUUUACAGCGUA